AUGGCUUUGAUGCCCGUGGAGCUCUGCUACGCCACGGUCACCUCUCCGGUGGCGGCGCCAUCGGCCAGGAGGGCGCCGAGGCGGCGGGCGGUGGUGCGGUGCGCGGCGUCCGCGCCGGCGCCGAUGGGGGAGAAGACCGAGUACAGGGACGGGCCGCUGGAGCGCGCGUUCAUGGGGCUGUUCGCGCGCAAGAUGGAGAAGUUCGCGGGAAGGAAGAAGAAGCCGGGCCCGGGCGGCGAGGAGGAGAAGAAGGCGGUGUGGGAGUGGGACUACGAGAGCUUCGUGGACGUGUCGCGGCGGGUGAUGGUGGGGCGGUCGCGCGCGCAGCAGCAGGAGGCCGUCCGCGAGGUGCUCCUCUCCAUGCUCCCUCCCGGCGCCCCCGAGCAGUUCAAGAAGCUCUUCCCGCCCACGCGCUGGGCCUGCGAGUUCAACGCCGCCCUCACCGUCCCCUUCUUCCACUGGCUCGUCGGUCCGUCAGAGGUUAUCGAGGUAGAGGUUGACGGGGUGAAGCAGAGGAGUGGAGUGCUCAUAAAGAAAUGCAGGUACUUGGAGAACAGCGGGUGCGUUGGGAUGUGCGUCAACAUGUGCAAGAUCCCCACGCAGAGCUUCUUCACCGACGAGUUCGGCCUUCCCCUCACCAUGAAUCCAAUUAACCUUGGCUGA